AUGUUUGUCAAGAAGAUAAGGCUGAGAAAUUUCAAAAGCUUUAAAGAUGAGACAUUGAUACCACUGUCGAGAAGUGCCAACAUCAUUGUCGGGAGGAAUGGAAGCGGAAAAAGCAGCAUUGUGUCUGCAAUCCGUUUUGUUUUAUAUGGAGAGAAGUACAACUGUGAAUCUAGAGUAGAGCUUAUCCAUGAAGGGGUCAGAGCUAGUGAAGAAGAGGCAAGCGUUGAAAUUGUAUUUUAUGACGGAUCAGAGGGAUGUGAGGAAAAGGAACUUAGUGUGAAAAGAGUUGUGGGAAUCAAGAGAGAUGAAUAUAUGGUAGACGAGAAGAUUAUGUCCAGAGAGGAAGUUUUAGGAUUACUUCAAAGUCGUGAGAUUACAACAAGCAAUCCAUAUUUUGUUGUCUUACAGGAAGAAGUAUCUGAGCUUGCAGUUCUUAGCGACAGAAAAAGAUAUGAGCUGAUGAAAGAUGUUGCAGGUGUGUCUGGAUAUGAAAAAGAUAGGGAGAACAGCAUCUCCAUGCUUGAGGAGACUAAGCAAAGCGAAAACAAGAUUGAACUAUUACUGGAUAGGAUUGAAGAAAAGCUAAGGGGGUUUGAGGAUGAUAAGAAGGAGAUGGAGCUACGCUUAGAGUUAGAAAAAGAGAAGAAGAGACUUGAAUAUGGAUAUAUCGAGAGAGAGGUUAAAGAAAUCAAUGAAGAUAUUUCCAAUAUUGAGAGUCUUGUAUCUAAUGAUCCAGAAGAAAGUUCUGAGGAAAACGGAGAUUAUGGAUGUGAGAUUAGAGAGGUAGAAAGUAAACUGGCGAGUCUUAUUAGUAGGAGAAAAGAGCUUUGUAUUGACGAAAAGUAUAAAGAAAGAGAGACUGGGAUUGAAGAGGAGAUAAGAAAGAUUGAAAAGAAAAGAAGCAGAUUCUGGGAGAUUGAAAAGGCCGAAAAGAAGAAUUUAAUGAAUCUUAAAAGAGAUGAGAAGGAAAAUUUUAUAAGGUCUGGGUGCAUAAAAUAUCUAGUGGGAUUUCUGGAAACUUUGGGUAGCAGAGAAGUGAAACCUGAGGAAAUAGAAGCAGCCAGGGAGUCUUUGAAAGAAAAGAUCAAAAAGUUUAAAGCCAUUGAUAGUUGUGAGGGCAGCCAUAUAGAGGAGGGUAAAGAAAAGAAAGAUCUUGAAGAAUUGAUUGAAAAAAGAAAGCAUCUGUGGAGGGAAGAAAGAAAACUAAAACUUUCUGAUGAGUCGAUAAGAGAAAUUGUUAGGUCCCAGGAGAAUAGGUUGGUUGCCAUGGGGAAUAUUGGUUUAGAUGUAUAUAGGCAAAUCAAAUGUGAAGAAGGAGUGUUAGGAUAUGUGUAUGAUUUAAUAAGUGUGCCUAAUGAAUUAUCUAAUGCCUUUGAAGCUGCCGUGGGAAAUGCCUUAUUCAACAUAGUUGUUGAGAAUGAAGAGGUGGCAUCGAAUGUAUUAAAAAAGAUGAGAGAUUUGAAGUCCAGAGUAGCUUUCAUGCCGCUCAACAGAAUCAAACACAAGGAGGAAGAGGAGAUAAAAGAUCAGAAUGUUAUCUUGUUGGCGUCACAGGUGAAAUGCAGUCAGCAAUACAGGGAUCUUCUUAGAUGCAUUACAAAGAACUUUUAUCUUUGUUCGGAUUUGAAGCAGGCACUCUAUUCAUCCAAAAGAUAUGGAAUUAACGUUGUCACACUUUUUGGAGAGGUGGUAACCAAGGAAGGGCCAAUUACUGGAGGAUAUGAAAGAAGAAACACAGCUUUUCAGGAAUAUAAAAAGAUUUGCAAGGAAGCAAGAAAAGUAAGAGGGGAGAUGGUUAGGAUACAGCAUGAUCUUAAAAAGAUAAACAGGGAGAUUGAAGAAGCAAGGAUGCAUAAAGAAGACUCUGGAGGUGGUUCCAGGUAUUAUGAAAGCUUGAAGUCUGCUAUUUUGUUUCUUCAAGAAAAGAUAAAAAUAUUAGAGAGGGUUAACAGAGAUGGUCUUGACAGGAGCAAGGUUAAUAGCAGGCUUCUGAGAUUAAAAGAAGAAGAGAGGGAUUUACUGCUCAAAAACAUAUGGAUUAGUGGAGAAAUCAAGAAAAUUGAUGCAAGAAUAAAGGAAGCCGGUAUUGAGAUCAAGAAGAUGAGCGACACUAUAGGGCGCCUUGAAGAAGAACUGGAAAAAUCGAGAAUGUAUAAAGAAGCUAUUGAGAUCGAUAAAGAGAUUUUAGAGCUAAAGGACAGAAGAAGGAUUAUUAAGGAAAUGAUGUUUAAUGAGGAGAACAUGGAUCUAUUUACGAGGCCUAAGAAGGUAAACGUUGAAAUGGAAAAACUGGUAAGAAGAAAGCACAUGCUGAUAAACAAAAGAAAUGAAUUAUGUGAAAGAAUAGGUGCUUCUGAUUUCAAAAGUUUAGAAAGGCUAUUUCCUGAGAAAAAGAAAGAAGAGAUAAUGGAAGAGAUAGUCAGAAUCAAUGAAAGAAUCCGAGGGCUUUCUGUGGUUAACCGAACCGUGAUAUCUCAGUGGGAAAGCUAUAUAGAACAAAAGAACUCUAUGAGAAAGAAAUUGGAGGAUCUCAAGUAUGAUAAGGAGUGUAUACUUAAUUUUAUGAGGGAUCUAGACUCUAGAAAGGAAGAUACAAUGAGAAAAGCCAUAGAAGUAGUAAGAGAAGGGUUUUCUGAGUUCUAUUCAAGACUUACAAAUGGGGGCACAGCAGAGCUUUAUUCGUACGAGUUUUCUGUGGGUAUUAAAUUGGGAGAAGAUAUUACUAAUACAAACCUACUCAGCGGAGGGCAGAAGGCUUUAGUAGCAUUGUGCCUGAUAUUCAGUAUGCAAAGAGUAAAUCCAUCGCCGUUAUAUGUAUUUGAUGAGAUUGAUGCUAACUUAGACACCCAAAGUAGAGAAAGAGUUUCUGCAUUGAUAAAAGAAAUGAGUAUGACCUGUGCAAACCAGUUUAUAAUAACAACUUUUAGAAAGGAGUUACUAAAUUGCGGAGACAAGUAUAUUAAUGUCGAUUUCCAGGAAAAGAGAAGCACUGUCAAAGAGAUUGGUAUGGUAGAAGCUUAUAAGUUUCUUGAAGAGGAUACGAGUGAAAGAUGA